AUGGCUUCUAACGGGUCAGAGUCGCCGGAUGAGACCUUCUUUAACGAUCUUUCCCAACCAGCGCAAGAAACGAACUCUACCAACGGUCAGGACACACAGCAGGAGGGGCCGAACAAGGUCAAAAGGAUCGCUUGUGUUUUGUGUAGGAAGAGGAAGUUGCGAUGCGACGGCGCCCGGCCGACGUGUUCGACAUGUAAGCGACUGUCCCACGAUUGCGCCUACGAUGAAGUCCGCAAGAAAAGUGGGCCCAAGCGUGGCUACGUGAAGCUGCUCGAACAACGACUACAGCAAGUCGAGACCCUCCUCAAGACCCAAGACACGGCCGACUCGAGCAAAGAAGCCCCGCGCCAGGAUUCCGCUUCCGCAUACGUCGCGAACACUAUAAAUCAAGCGCUGUCGAAUUCUAGGGACGGCCUCAACGCGACAAACAAUUUCCAAGCAGGAACCAAUGCAUCGAGGACUGCUGGCGCAAGCCCAUUCCAAAAUGCUGGUACAGCAGGGAACGACGCCGAGACUGAGCCCUCAUGGGAGAUGAUCGGACUUGGGCUAGAGGAGCCUCUGCCUCCCCAAGAAAUCAUGGACGAUCUAUACCAAAUAUACUUCUCCAAGCUCCAUCUCUCCAUGCCCAUCAUACAUAGACCAAGAUUCAUGGCUGCUUUAAACCUGGCUCCUCACAUGCGACCCCCGGUCUGCCUGCGAUACAUCAUUUGGACCCUAGCAGCUUCCAUUUCAGACAAAUACGAUGCAUUACACGAACAUUUCUACCAACGUGCCAGGAAAUACGCGCAAGCGGAUGAAAUGAAGGGCCAUGGAGAGUCUACCAUCACACUUGCACAUUGUCAGACAUGGGUUUUGGUGGCUACGUAUGAGUUCAGACAGAUGUACUUCCCGAGGGCCUGGUUGUCAGCUGGGAGAGGCGCAAGACUAGCUCAGAUGAUGCAGCUACAUCGCUUGGAUGGAGUGGGACUUGACGUGAAGCAAUGCCUAGCUCCACCGAAGGAUUGGACCGAGCGUGAGGAACGUCGAAGAACCUUCUGGUUAACCUUUUGCAUUGAUCGCUAUGCAAGUAUUGGAACCGGUUGGCCGAUGACCUAUGAUGAGAAAGACAUCAUAACCAACCUACCAGCAAGUGAUGAAGCGUUCGAGAAGAGUAGGCCAAUGGCAACUGGGCCAUUGGAGGAAAUUUUCAAUCCUGGAGGCGUAGCAAACCUCCAACCACUCGGCGGCAUUGUCCUGACAGCUGCCAUGUUCGGCCGCAACUUGCUUCACUUGCACCGACCUUUGCCAGACGAUAAUGACGACGAUAUCAACGGCGGCUUCUGGAACCGACAUCGGCACAUUGAGCGUAUACUCCUUCAAACCUCGCUGAGCCUACCAGACCCUCUCCGUCUACCAUCUGGUCUGGCUGAUCCUAACGUAGUGUUCACGAAUAUGUGCAUCCAUACCUCGGCAAUAUGUCUUCACCAAGCAGCAAUCUUCAAGGCAGACAAGUACCGGUUGCCAGCAAGCGUCAGUAAUGAGAGCAAGAUCCGAUGUGUAACAGCAGCGGCAGAGACUGCUUCUAUUAUGCGCAUGGUCAGUCAUAUGGACCUUGGUGCAAUGAACCCGUUCAUCUCUUUCUGCGUUUAUGUGGCAGCAAGAGUAUUCGUGCAGUACCUUAAGACCCGACCAAAAGAUGAACAAAUGAAGUCUUCGCUGCAGUUUCUCUUGCAAGCCAUGGAAGCCCUUCGUCGGAAGAACCCGCUUACAGAGUCGUUCUUAGUGCAAUUAGAUCUUGAUUUGGAAGGUGCUGGUCUGCAAGGCAUGCGUAAUCAGCCAUUAGCACAACCUACGGGCAAAGUGAGUCAACCCCCAGAGAGUCUCCAGGGAUUGAGCGAUUCUGUUGCGAAUCAAUACCAAAUCCCGGGUCGAAGUUCUACCAAUCCUUUGAUCAACAUACAAGAAUCGCAGCAUUCUACCGCAGCAGCCACUACGUUCGGAGAUAGCGUUCCAUUUACUCCAGCAUCGAUACCCAAUACGCAAUACUCGAACAACAAUCCAGGUCCGCCGUUUCAUAUCCACAGCAUCAACAGCAUCAACAUGCAUGCGCAGAAUUCGGCCUUCAUGCCAUCGCAAUUUAACUCGCACGGAAGCUUUGCUGCUAACCAAGAAUUCACUCCCGCCGGCUUCGCAUUCAAUGAUGGGAACGAGAUGGACCUCUCUGGAGGCGAUAGAGGUGUUGACCAGCCCAGUCCCGCAACAAUGAGCACCCAAUCACGAAACGGUUCAACAUCACGAUCUUCUUACUCUCCUGGUCAGCCAAUCGAGCACAACAUCCCAUACCGGGCGUCCCCUAAGAUGACAGGGCCGCCGCUGGGCUCUAACACUAGUUUCCAAGGAUUUGUUGCUCCUAGCGAGAGCUUUCCUGCGAGUAACUUUGGCGCAUCUGGAACCCUGGGCAACACAGGCUAUGGUGAUGGGUUCGUGAUGGGCAACGAGUGGGAAUACGCGGCUUUGAAUGCCGGGACAGGUCUCACGCCGAUGGCAGACGCAUCGUGGGAUUCGAUGCUGGAAAAUAUCACGAUGGGAUGGGAUUCUGUCGGUCCUGGACACGAACACGCCAACCGAGCGAACGCGGCUGGAACAUGA